AUGCCCAACCGACAUGGGACGCCUAGCGGUCCUUGGCCUUUUAUUGACAUUGAAGAUGCACUCUCUACAGAAGUCGCUCCACGACGACAGACUCACGAGUCAGAUGCUGAAUAUCCCUUUAAUAAUGAGGCCGAUAACUGGCGACGGUAUCCUCACAGUCUCUUUCCCAACUGGACAAAGAGUCAGCAGAAAAAGAGCGGUAUACACGAUAUUAUAGAACCACGAUGGAGAAACCAAGGCAGGCACUUACGAUCUACACCCCGGUCGUCUGCUUGUAUGGUAUACAGGUUGAAUAUUCUGAAGGAGGGCCGGUUCCAUGCCAAGACGAGUCGGGAACCUGGGUGGGUUGUUCGCGGCGAUACGGACAGCAUAAAUCAGUUCUGGGAUGCACUGACGAACCCUGCGCCUCCAGACACCCGUACUCAAACAUUCUUCGUUGAUACCUUGAACGGGCCGGUGCUGCAGAUGCUCGGAACAAGGUUCACUAUUGAUCCCUUCUUCUUCUCUUCUUCCCUUGGUUGGAUACCUUGCCGGUAUCAGGAACAAUUUCUUCCAGGACGGGGCGACCAUAUCACUUUAACGUUGAUGUUUGUCCUGACCCGGCCUAACCGCGUCCACACAUCUGCACCUACGCCUGCUCCCUCUAGUUAUCCUCCUAGCACGAACACGAUACCCCAAAACGGAGACACUUCCUAUGACUUUUCUAUACCCUCUAAUUUUUUCAACGAGCAAACUAUCAUUGAUACCGACCAGCCUUUGCUUUUACAAAGUACUAAUACACUCCUGGAUCAUGACUUGAUUGGUAUACAUGCUGUUCGCCGCUCCAUCGACCAUCCGAGUCCUAGUACUGUUAUAACGUAUUUACCUCCCCCUACUCAGCACGGAACCACAACCGCAGAUAGCCUACAUGCAAGAAUCAUGGCAACAGGUCGCUCUGUUUAUUGGACAGAAUUAUAUCGCGUCUCUGCGGAUGCUACCUUGCUCGUCCUUGCACAGUUAUGGUAUGCCCUUUACGCGUGGGACGAAGUUCUGGAAGCCCUUACGACGGAGGUCGUCUGGCUCGAAGCCCACACGCUUUCGACGCUUCGCAUAUACGAAGCGCCAAAGCCUAGUCCAUCUGUUGCCACUACGGAUCCUAUCCCUGCCUCCUCCAACGAUGCGCCCCAGGCCCCCCCACCACCCGAGCAUAAUAUGGAUGCCCAUGAACGUACGCACGCGUAUAUACACCAACUACACGUCUUGCGCGCGCAUUUGUUGCACUACCAGGAGCUGCUCGAGGAUUUCAGGAAAACGGUAGCAUUUCUGGUGGAUACCCCCCAUCCAGGUAUUCCUGCAGAUUUGCCUUCCCAAGUGGUUGUUCAGAAGGAAUGCAAUACUCUUCUCAUGGAUAUCAAGCGCCUUGAGGCCACUAGAGCUAUGUUGGAUGAACGUCUAGGCAAUGCUAUGAAUUUAGCGUUUAGUAGCGUGGCAAUCGAAGAUAGCAAAAGGAGGCAGCGGCUGAGUGAGGCAGCAUUGCGCGAUAGUGCUGCUAUGAAGCAAAUCGCGUAUAUCACUAUGAUCUAUCUUCCUGCGUCAUUAUGUGCGGCAUUUUUAGGGAUGAACACGCAUGAAAUCACUGGGGACCCAAAAAUGCCCGGCAGUAUCCCCAUAUACUUCGCUGUCGCGCUCCCACUGACCACCCUCACAGUGUGGGUGAUGAUGCUUCUUUACCGCAGUGAAAGACGGCAAAGAGAGAUCGAGAUACAGGAGGGCGGCGUGGUAGCGCCUGUGCGAGCAGCUCUAACGAAACUGCUCUAUCCGAUACGAGUGUUCAUCCGUGCACUGUCGUUUACUCCCCAGAAGAAACGACCAAAAGACGAGGCUGUGAUUAUGAGCACACGAUCCAGUGUGAGGACGACUAGCCGUCGGCCCACUGUAGUGAGAAGUGCGAGGUCAAGCGUGAGGUCGGCUCGUAGACUACCUCAGGAUGAUGAUGACGAAGCCCAGCCCGAAGUCACGUAG